AUGUCCAUAGAAACAUUGAAAAUUGUCAUGAACCUUGGACUGACAGCAGCUGACCUAAAAGAAACGGAUAAAAUAAUCCGAGCCAUGGAGCAAUAUGGUCAAGGACAAAUAAAUGAAUCCGUAGAACGUAAACGAUUCAGGGCUAGAACCCAAGGACCUGACGAGGACUUCGACGAUUUCUUAGUCUCCCUCAGAGACCUAGUCAGUGACUGUAAUUUUUGCAACGCCGAUUGUGAAAAAAAGGCAAUAAGGGACCAAAUCUUGGAGGGAUUGUUUGACCCAACUAUCACUGAACGACUUUUAUCAAUAAAUGGUCUAUCACUCGAUAAGACUAUUGAAAAAGUACGAGCACUAUCAUCUGCGAAAAAACAACGAUGUGAGAUGUCAAGGGCGCCGCCAACUUCAGCUGCGGUAAAGAACCCACGAACGGCGAAACCCGACACACCACGACCAACCAAAUGCGGCUACUGUGGUGACAGCCAUGCUAGAGGACAGUCCAACUGUCCUGCAUCUAAUUCCAAGUGCCACAUAUGUCACAAGAUGGGACACUAUGCCUCUCUCUGUCGUUCGGGGUAA